AUGGAGAACCAAACACCACUUGUUUCUCUCCAAAGAAGCGUCUGGGCGGGACGGAUACCACUUGAGAUCGUCCUCGCUCCUUCAGAGAGCCGGUCAUACGACAAGACUGAUCCAUAUCUCAUCUCAUACCCACGUUUAUCAUAUCUCCCCUCAUUGCUCCCAAGACUACGAACAUUCUUCUCCCCAUCUUUAAUAGAGCCCAGUUCCCAGCACCAUGACGGCUGGUUUGCCUUUGAAGGCGUCCCUCUGAAAUGGCACUACCCUGUCGGCCUCCUCUUCGACCUUUAUGCUGGGGCUGAUCCCGCCACCAAGUCCUGUGUCGAUUCUCAAGAGGGCGAAUCACCACUGCCGUGGCGUUUGACAGUGCACUUCAGUGAUUGGCCCUCGGAAGACCUUGUGCGUCUUGAUCCAGAUGGCAUGGUCAUGAAUGAUGCCUUCAUCAACAGUGUUAAAGAGGCCGAUUUCCUGAGAAACGGCACGGCAAAGGGCAUCAUGAGCCUUUCCAAGGAAGACUCCGCGGGUCUCUGGAAGUCCGUCGAAGAAGUCAACCUCCCAUCCUUCCAGCGCAUCUCGAAUACUCUUCUACCACCACUCUCACAACCAUUCCGAAACGUUCCAAUUCGCAUCUUCUUGCCUCUACCACCCGACGAGGAGUCUGGCUUAUUGAAAGUAGUCCAGUCUCCGUUGCCUCCUUCAAUACCAACAUCAAGCAUACAGUCAAGUCAGUCGAUCGGUUCUCGGUCGAGUCCGGGAAUGCAAUUGCAAACGAUUGGUGGUGUUCUACAUACACUACUCCCUAAUCUGUUUCCCAGUCGGAGAACCCCGGUUCUGGCUAAGCCUGUGCUACAUGGGGCCGUUCUUCCGAUGUCUGCUCUGAUUGAAGAGGUUGUGAGGAGUUCAGCUUACGGGGAUGGGUGGGCUUAUGUCGUUGUCCGGAUGAUGGGUUAA